UGUAAAGCGGCAGCUUCCGGCGGAAGCGGUGACUGAGCAGAUCCCGGUGCCCGGAGCAGACAGAGAUGCCGCUGGAGAAUCUGGAAGAAGAGGGGCUGCCCAAAAACCCGGACCUGCGUAUCGCCCAGCUCAAGUUCCUCCUCGGCCUGCCUGAGACCCGCGGCGAUGUGCGGCUCCGUGCUGAGCUCAUGGAGGCCAUUACCCACAAUAACAUGGCUCCCUACUACGAGGGCCUGUGCAAGCAGCUGGAUUGGCAGGUAGAUACAGACCUGUUAAAUAAGAUGAAGAAAGCGAAUGAGGUGGAAAUGAAGCGGCUGGAUGAUGUGCUGGAGGAUGCGGAUAAGAACCUGGGCGAGAGCGAGAUCAGAGAUGCCAUGAUGGCACGGGCAGAGUAUCUGUGUAGGAUCGGUGAUAAGGAAGGGGCGCUGACUGCGUUUCGGAAGACCUAUGACAAGACGGUGGCACUUGGACAUCGCCUAGACAUCGUUUUUUACCUUCUGAGGAUUGGCUUGUUUUAUAUGGAUAAUGACCUCAUCACAAGGAACACCGAGAAGGCUCGAAGUCUCAUUGAAGAAGGUGGUGACUGGGAUCGGAGGAAUCGGCUGAAGGUCUACCAGGGACUGUAUUGUGUGGCCAUUCGCGACUUCAAGCAAGCGGCUGAGCUCUUCUUGGACACGGUUUCCACGUUCACCUCAUACGAGCUGAUGGAUUACAAGACCUUCGUAACGUACACCGUUUAUGUCAGUAUGAUCGCCUUGGAUCGACCAGACCUGAGAGAGAAGGUCAUCAAAGGUGCCGAGAUCCUUGAAGUGUUGCACAGUUUGCCCACAGUCCGCCAGUAUCUGUUCUCACUGUACGAGUGCCGUUAUUCUGUUUUCUUCCAGUCUUUGGCUGCUGUGGAGCAGGAGCUGAAGAAGGACUGGCUUUUUGCCCCUCAUUACAGAUACUAUGUCCGAGAGAUGAGGAUUCAGGCCUACAGCCAACUGCUGGAGUCCUACCGCUCGCUGACUGUAGGCUACAUGGCUGAGGCUUUUGGGGUCGGAGUAGAAUUCGUAGACCAGGAACUUUCCAGGUUCAUUGCAGCUGGGAGAUUACACUGCAAGAUAGACAAAGUGAAUGGGAUAGUUGAAACCAACAGGCCGGACAGUAAGAACUGGCAGUACCAGGAAACGAUAAAGAAAGGAGACUUGUUACUGAACCGAGUCCAGAAGCUCUCCCGUGUAAUUAACAUGUGAAGACGCACUCUUUUAACCGGGGCGAAUUAAGUGCUGAAGACCUUUAUGUCGUGUAUAAAUAUCUCGCUUGCUAGUAUUUCGGAAGGUGACUGAUGUAUACUUAGGGUUUUUACACUUUUACGUUAUGUUAACAAAUUCAAUACGUACAAAGAAAAAAUAAAUAAAAAAAAGUAAACGGUAA